ACGACGUGAGCCCAGAGGCGGCACCUGCGUCCUUGGAGGUGCCCAGCGCGGCGGGUCAUGGCCGGCCCCACGCGGGGCAGUGGGACCAAGGCCCUGGACCUGCUCCGAGCCCUGCCCCGUGUGAGCUUGGCCAACUUGAAGCCGAAUCCAGGCUCCAGGAAACCGGAAAGACGCCCAAGAGGACGGCGAAGAGGUAGAAAAUGUGGCAGAGGCCAUAAAGGAGAAAGGCAGAGAGGAACCAGGCCCCGACUGGGCUUUGAGGGAGGCCAGACUCCAUUUUACAUCCGAAUCCCAAAAUAUGGGUUUAAUGAAGGGCAUAGCUUCAGACGCCAGUAUCAACCUUUGAGUCUCAACAGGCUUCAGUAUCUUAUUGAUAUGGGUCGAGUUGAUCCUGAUCAACCUAUUGACUUAACCCAGCUUGUCAAUGGGAGAGGCGUGACCAUCCAGCCACUUAAAAGGGAUUAUGGUGUCCAGUUGGUAGAAGAGGGUGCUGACACUUUUACAGCAAAGGUUAAUAUUGAAGUACAGUUGGCUUCAGAAUUAGCCAUUGCUGCAAUUGAAAAAAAUGGUGGCGUUGUCACUACUGCCUUCUAUGAUCCACGAAGUCUUGAAAUUCUGUGCAAACCUGUACCAUUCUUUCUGCGUGGACAACCCAUUCCUAAACGAAUGCUUCCCCCUGAAGCCCUGGUCCCAUAUUAUACGGAUGCAAAAAAUCGUGGUUACCUAGCAGAUCCUGCCAAAUUUCCUGAAGCAAGACUUGAACUUGCGAAGAAGUAUGGUUAUAUUUUACCUGAUAUCACUAAAGAUGAACUCUUCAAAAUGCUUAGCACUCGAAAGGAUCCAAGGCAGAUUUUCUUUGGUCUUGCUCCUGGGUGGGUAGUUAAUAUGGCAGAUAAGAAAAUCCUAAAACCUACUGAUGAGAAGCUCCUCAAAUACUAUAGUUCAUGAAUUCCCUUCCGAGAGAGGAGAGUUAUAAGAGUACUGGAAAAAGAACUGAAAUAUAUGUAUUUCUCAUUGCAUUUUCUUAAUUUGUAAUUACUCAGAUGUUGAUGUUAAUUUUCUGUGUAAUAUCUUUUUUCAUUUUUAUCUAAUUAAAAAUGCAGUAAGCAAGGACUGCAUAAAGAA